AUGAGACCUUUUACUUUCGCUGCGACAGCGCUCAUUGCAAGCGUUGUCGAAGCUUCAACUCUCCGACCUCCUGUACUUCCGUUGAUUGUGAGAAACCCGUAUCUGAGUACAUGGUUGCAAAACGCGAGAGAGGAGCCAUGGACAAAAUGGCCCAUGUUCUGGACAGGUUCUGAGAUCGGCUUUGGUGUUCUUGCAUCUCUCCCGGACUCAAACCAAGUGUUUCCGCUGCUAGGAAGACCACAUGAUUCUUUGGAUGACAAUGAUAAAGACUACACGAUAUCUUACCCCAUCUACAAAGGCGCAAAGUAUGACGCGUCAACCACCAAUCUCACAUACUCGAUACCAGCGCCCAGCAGUCUUCGUAGUGCAAAGGACCUCGAGAUUACCCUCUCUUUCCUGUCGCCCAUAACACCCACCUCGACUUUGCGACAGACGAUACCUGCAGCGUAUUUGUCGAUACACGUAGAAGGCACAUUUGAUGUCGACAUCUAUGUCGAUGUAAACGGACAAUGGGUUAGCGGCAAGAGGGAGAGUCUCAUAGAAUGGGGCUUGUUCCAACACGUCGCGCCUGGAGUGGAUGAGAGGCUGAAGACUUGGCAAGUGAAGCGACAGGUCCAGCAACUGUUCACCGAGACAAACGACCAGCCCGAGUGGGGUCAGCUGCACUUUACCGGACCAGUCGAUGUUCGCCAUGAGUCUGGUACUUCUUCGCUACUCCGCCAGCGCUUUGCUCGAACCGGCACCUUGCAAAACCAAGUCGAUGGCAAGUUCCGCGCUGUCAUGGACGAGGAACCGGUAUUUGCCUUUUCAAAGUCCUUCAAGUUGGCCAAGUCGUCAGCGACUGGUUCGACAAGCAGCAGCGUGCUAUUUACAAUCACACACAUCCAAGACCCUAUCACGCAGUAUGCAUCCGCCCGUGGCCUCACCUUUAUGCGACCGCUGUGGAAGUCAUGGUUCCCUCAAGAUGAUAAGCUCAUUCAGUUUCACUACAGUGACUUUGCUGUAGCCAACAGUCUAGCCAGCAACUACUCCGAACAACUGCGUAUCGAUGCUUAUGCAUCUGGCUCGACCAACUACGUCGACAUUGUUGCCUUGUCUGCACGACAGGUCAUGGGCGCGACUAGCUUUUCCGGGACCCGGGAAAACCCUUUGCUCUUCUUGAAAGAGAUCUCCUCGAAUGGCAACUGCCAGACUGUCGAUGUCAUCUUCCCGGCUUUCCCAUUUUUCCUUUACACACAGCCCAAGUGGCUGGCCUACCUCCUUGAGCCGCUUCUCGAGCAUCAGCUGAGCGGCCAGUAUCCCAACAAGUACUCUAUGCACGACCUGGGCGCCCACUUCCCGAACUUGACAGGACACGCUGAUGGACGGGAUGAAUACAUGCCAGUGGAGGAGUGUGGCGAUAUGCUCAUCAUGGGCCUCGCGUUGGUCAAUUCACUCAGCUACGGUUCUGACGCAGAAGCUCAAUCGAUCUGGUCUACCGUUGGCAGUGACGGCGAUAGUACCAAGUCCGACAAGCCAUUCGCGUUGACGAGCAUCGGUUCGCACAAUGGAGUUAGCUAUAUUGACGAGACCUGGGGCGGAAGCACUAAAGGGGUCGACGCAGCAAAGAAAUGGCUCGAAGGAAGCUACGAUUUGUGGAAGCAAUGGACAGGAUAUCUCGUCGAGGACGCUCUGGAGCCCCACAACCAACUGUGUACCGACGAUUUUGCUGGAUGGCUGCCACUUCAGACUAAUCUCGCAUUGAAGGGCAUCGUCGGCAUCAAGGCUUUCAGCGAGAUUGCAGAUCUCAUGGACCGUCCAGGCGACGCUCAGCACUACCGCAACAUCUCCGAGACAUACGUCAAGAAGUGGGAAGAGUUCGCCAUGUCGCGCGAUAAAACCCACGCCAAACUUGCCUAUGACUGGUACGGUAGCUGGACGACACUGUACUCGCUUUACGCGGAUGCCGUUCUUUGCUUCCACCCUACCAUUACAAACUCAUCCUCUAUAUCUGAAAUGGGAGGCUACGCAUCCGGCAAUGAUCACACACAGAGACCUUUGACACCAUCAAAGGAUUCAUCGGGCCGCACACCAAUCACCUCGGACUUCAUCCCAGACUCUGUCUACAAUCUUCAGAGCGACUGGUAUUCGAACGUUAUGCAAAAGUACGGUUUACCACUCGACAGCCGACAUUUGUACACCAAAUCCGACUGGGAGUUUGAAGCUGCAGCCGUCGCUAACAAAAAGGUGCGCUCCGAGAUUCUCGACCGUGUAGCCCUUUGGUUGAACGAGACUGCCACUGAUAGACCGUUUACGGAUCUAUACGUCACAGAGGGAGAUGGUGGAUUCCCUGGCCCAUGGUUCUUUGCUAGACCUGUUGUUGGAGGACACUUUGCCUUUUUGACUCUGGAGAGGGCUUGCGGUGCAGGAGGGAAGAAGUGA